AUGUCUGGUGAAGAGGGUGUUGUCACUGAGGCACCUGCUCCAGCUCCAGCUCCAGCUCCAGCUCUUGGAGAGCCCAUGGACAUCAUGACAGCAUUGCAACUUGUGCUGAGAAAAUCACUGGCUCAUGGUGGUCUAGCUCGAGGCCUUCAUGAAGGUGCAAAGGUGAUUGAGAAACAUGCUGGCCAGCUUUGUGUAUUGGCAGAGGACUGCAACCAGCCAGACUAUGUCAAAUUGGUCAAAGCACUGUGUGCUGACCACAAUGUAAACUUGAUAACCGUCCCCAAUGCUAAGACUCUUGGCGAAUGGGCUGGUUUGUGCAAGAUUGAUUCAGAGGGAAAAGCAAGGAAGGUUGUGGGUUGCUCCUGUGUUGUUGUAAAGGAUUAUGGGGAGGAAACUGAAGGUCUCCACAUUGUUCAGGAGUACGUCAAGUCUCACUGAGUGGCUACCAUUUCAAUUAGCAUGUUUAGACUUUAUAGAAACCUUUCUUUUUGUUUUGUUUGGGAGGGACUCGGUUUAGGAGAUUUUCAUUUGUUCAGGAACAAAUUUUGAUCAUUGAGAUUUUCAGGUACUUGCUUUUUAUGUAUACUACUGAAAGUUCCUUGUUGUUUGCAUCCUGAAUUUGGUUAAUCUCCUUGUGAGUAAAAGAAGUGGUACCCGAUAUUUAAUUUUACGAGAUUGCUGGAGGUGUAAAAUGAUGGUAAGCCUGCCAUGAUGCAUGUAUUCAGAUACUAGAAUGUUU